UGUUGGUUCAAUAUGUUCUCCUGGGAGGAAAGGAAGGGCCAUGAUUUGUCUUAUAAAAUCCUGUGUGGGACGAUGAUAUAGGGAACUGCUAGUCCUAAUGACUGAACCUUCCUCCAGAUGGCUUGGUUCCAGUGAAAUGCACACCCUUGUAAUUUUGCCAUUGGUAAUAGGGUUCUGACAGCCGACCAUAACGCCAUUUCGAAAUCCUUUACAAGCUUCUCCACGUUACACUCCCCAGUUACUUAUAAGGUUGCUUUUAAUACCUUUCGGUAAUCUUUUUUUUCUUUUCCCUGAGGAUUACAGCCGCAUGGUCCAGAGUUAUACCAGUGUCACACGUUCGGUGCUGCCACUGGUCACACCCAUCGCACUGCAGCGCUUGCUGGCGUGGACGGACUUCAGUAGAACAGUAAAUGCAUGGAAAGGAAGCCAUGGUCAGAAUAUGGUCCUAUGCAGGGUCCUGUUCCAAGUAACUUUGCUUCAUAUUAAUUCCAGACCAGUAAUUUUGCAUAUCGAGACCCAUUAGUUAAUGUAAGAGAUUCGCGACAGGUUCAUAUAUCUUCAUCAGAAACAUUUCGUGUAUCGAGCUGUGAUGAGUGAGUAUUUAACCUAAUAGCUUCGAAACAAUUAAGCCAUACGUGAUAUAUAUUAAACUUAGGACUAUCGGAACACCUGAGUUGCGCUCUGCCAACCUGACUGUGGUCCACACUGGGACUGGAUUCAUCGUUCAUCAGAUCGAAGUGAUCGGGCAAACGAUACUCAAAACAUUCGGUAUUUCGGUUCCAUCAAAUGUCGUGGAAUCAUGGAUUGUAAACAAGGCGACGAGUCACGCACACAUAGGGGAGGCCGGUAUGAUUUGGGUCAAAGGUAAAGGAGGCCGGAGUGACCAGGGCCGGAAGAACUAGGGGCCGGAGUGACCUGGGCCGGAAGAACUAGGGGCCAGAGUAACUUGUUUCGCACCUGAGGUGGUGUAAGUUAACAUCUCACCCGAAAACUCUUAUAUAAAUAUUUAUGUGCACAAAAUAACCUUUUUUUUUCAUUGUUUACAAGGUUUACCACCAAGAAAGCAUGGUUUUGUGAUGCAUAAAGUGAAAUAUUGCAUAGAACACCAAAAAUAAAGCAGGAAAAGGCUGAUUUGUCCCACGUGCGCGCUCCUCAUUCCGCCUCGCAGCAACAAACCUAAUCCUCUUGUUUGAGGAGAUGCAGCCUCAGCUGGAGAGAAGGAGAAGGCGUAGCCGGGCAUUACCAACUCACACCCAGGUUUUGCUGUCCCUGAGAUUGUUUGCCAGUGGGUCCUUCCAAAAUGUCAUUGGAAACACUGCAGACCUACGCAAGUGUCAGCAGAGUCUUUGAGUGUGUGUGCACCGAGUUGAGUGAGUGUGUGUGCACCGAGUUGAGUGAUAAGUCGGUGCAGGAAAUCAAGAUGCCUCCAACACACCUUGAUCAAAGGAGAACUGCACAACAGUUCUUCAGGAUCAAAAAUUUCCCAAGGGUUACUGGGGCCAUUGAUGGCACCCACAUUGCCAUCAAGGCCCCAGGUGUGGAUGAGGCCCUUUACUUUAACCAGAAAAGGUAUCACUCCCUCUCAACAUCCAACUUGUUUGUGAUGCGAAUGGAGUGAUCCUCAGCUACUGCUCCAGACUCCCAGGUGCCUGCACUCUUAUGGAGGUAGCUUGCAGUACAGACCCAUCAAGUGUGUGAAAAUAAUUAAUGCUUGCCUGCUCCUACACAACCGCUGCAUCAAGUUCCUGAUGACCUACCACCUCUUGAGGAUGAAGCAGUGCCCCAUGCUGGUGCCGACCCUGCUGUGCUGCAGAGGGGUCUACGUGCUCCAGGCAGAAUUGUGCAGCAAGAAAUCAUACAAAACUUCUUCCAGCAAUGAAAUUGUCAAAGUGCCUGGGACAUGUUUUGUACAGCCAGCCCCUGCUCCUGCUGCACCAUCACCAGCUCGCCCAUGCUCAGAUGAAUCUGCUGUUGGGUUUCCUGCGCUUGAGAGAGAACUUCCAAGUCUGGGUGGCCACCUGCAAUACAAAGUGUCAGGGCCUCUAGAAGGACCAGAGCCUUCCACCAGCAGUAGUGUUGGACCCAUCCAACCCUCUUCUCAUGGUGUUGCUGGCUCUGCAGGGGCCUCUGGAUUUGACAAUCCUGUGUCAUCUUCACUGGAUGACAUUCAAAUCAUCCAUGUUACAGAUGACUACAUGCAAUGCAGAAAGGUCCAAGGAGCAAAUGAGGUAAAGGGACACAACAUGAUAGCAUGA